ACUAAUGAAAAUUUGCAACUAGUGUAUUCUCUCUCCCUUUCCCCCUUCUCCUAUACAUCAAUACGCACUCGCUUGAGACCAACAUAUGUCAUCAUGCACUUCAAGUCAAAUGGGGCUCUUGACUAUGAGAUUAUUCUAUCCUGGUGCGUCGCUUCCUUUUGUGUCAAAGGGUUAUGCACUCUUGUCUUCCCAAUUUUGGUAAGCUUAAGAGGUUUGGGAUUGUUGGUCUGAAUGGUUGUGUUGUUUGUUUAGAUGAUGCUAAAUCCUUGGAUCAUAAUCUGUGUUCUUGUGAGGUUAUUCGGAAGGCCUGGAAAGUUUUCUCAAUGGGUUUGACUUCUGAGCUUAUUAAUUGUGUGAGCAUUCACGAGUUUCUUAUUCAAACAAUGAAUAAAUCAUUAGUCCUCAUAUUUCUUUUUUGUGGAAGCUCAGGGUUGUUAUUUUUCUUUGGGCGAUUUAGACAUGUCGAAAUAAUCAUAUUUUUCAUGGUAUUAACUCCACACAUCAUCGUGCACUUGCUUUUACCAAAAUUGCUUUUCGCGAUACUAAAAAUUGUGCAUUCAAUUCUAAUUUCAUACAUAAUUUGUGGUGAUUAUGUAAUUUUUAGACAUCUCCAAGUCAACCCAAGAUUGCCCCUCCAUCUUAUUAUAUAUCCCUCUCAGUUAGUGGCCUCCACCUACUGCAUGGACUAAUCACUACAAGAAAAGAAGGGUAUAACGACCAAUUUUAACGACCGAAACAAUCGGUCUUUAAAAAAGCGGGCUUAACGACCGAAUUUUUAAUGUCAACGACCGAUUUUAAUUUUGUUUUUUUUUUAUUUAUUUUUGCAAAAUAACGACCGAAAUAAUCGGUCGUAAAUUGGUGCCUUGGAUUCAACGACCGAAAUUCGGUCGUAGACAUUUUAUAAAUAUUUUUAAAUUAUUUUCAACGACCGAUUUUCGGUCGUUGGUAACCUGAAUUUAAAAAAAUAAUAAUAAAGAUGUCAACGACCGAAUUUCGGUCGUUAAUAUUAAAAUCGGUCGUUGCUGAACGGAUUUACUUAGGGUUUGCUUUUCCUUUCCCCAAUUUUUCCUUAGCCGAUUUUUUUUACGAUUUCCGCCUCCCUCCCCACCGAUUUCCCCGUCGACGUCGAUUCUCGCCGUCCGACGACCCCGGCCGCCGCCUGCUUUCCUCCCCGACGAACGGCCACCUCCACCGACCCCGACGCCGUGCCCGCUGCUGUCCGGCCGGUGCGCCCCUGCCGCUGCCGCUGAUUUUCGCCCGUCGCCGGAAUCGCGUCGCCCUCGCCGCUGCCGCUGCUUUUCGCCCUCGCCGCCGUAGCCACUGCCCUCGCCGGACCGCCCCACUGCCUCGCCGGAAACCUCUCUCUGUCGCCGGACCGUCCUUUCCCUUACCGGAAUCCUCUAUUUUCGAUGUCUACUUCUGGCCGAUCCGGAUCUACGCAUUCGACCGACGAUGCGGAUGUGUCCGUGACGCUGCCCACGGGGGCUAUACCGACUGGUGUUGCUAAGGAUGGGCGCAUAUGGGUGCAUCUUCAUGGCAGUGUUUUGAGGCCGAGUGGACCUAUUCGGGCUAGGGCUACUGAUAGCUUCCAAGGUAUGCCAGAUGCAAGUGGCACGAAUUGGAAGAAUUUGACUGAGGAGAUGAAGGACUUGUACUUCGACGAAUUUGUGAAAGCAUUUUGUUGGCAACAAGAUAAAUAUACCAGACACCAAAUUAAGAAGGCGUGGAUCUCAGAGGCUCGAGUAGCAUAUAACGAUUACAUUUCUGCAUGCAAGAAAACCCUCCUACUACACAAGAAGAAGAUUGAAUCUCUCAAUCCUAUUGUUGAGGCUGCUUGGAGGGCUUAUUGGGCAUUGCCUGAAACUCAGGCAAGGUCUGCACAGGCGUCUAAGAAUCGCCGUUCUGAGCCUUGCGGUGUUGGUACAGGGAUGGCUAUUCAUCAUGGCGGGUCGCGUAGCGCUCUGGAUCAUGCUGAGCAUCUGGCUCGGGAGAGCAAUAUCCCUUUUGACGCGGCGUCUUGGGCUACCUUUCGACGUAUCCAUUUUAAGAAUGGACAGUAUACCGCCGGACGACCUGCGCAGCACGGGUUGGAGGUCGAGAGGCGAGUGGCAGAGCUGCGUGAGAUACAGGGAGAGGUCACACCCGCCGACGUGGAUCGCAUCUUCCGAGAGGUAGUCACUCCUGAUCCGAAGGGGCGCAUCAUGGGAUUAGGUAUGAUGAUGUCGAAGGCGCUUACUUCAGGCGACGGCGAGUCGAGCACCUCCACCAGCACCUCACACUUCGAUGCUCCUUCAAAGGCUGAGUUUACCACUUUGAGGGAGGAUCUUGACACCACAGCGAGUGCUCUGACCAGAGCAGUGCAGGAGAUAGAGGCCAGGAGACAGAGAGAGGAGGAGCAGGCUAGGACUAUACAGGAGAUGCAGUCCCAGAUCGCGUUGCUCAUGCGAGGAUUUCGACCAUCCACCCCUUCUGAUGAGACUCACCCAGACCUUUGAUUAUGCUGACUAUGUUUUGAUGUACUUUUUUAUGCUUUGAAUACUGAAUUUCUGUUUUUGUUGAUAUUUUCUAGGAUUUUCUACUUUGUUAUGGGAUGAUUAUUUGUUUUUAGUAUUUUCAUGAUUUGGGACUACGAUUA